AUGUCAUUGGCUGAAGUUAAAGAAUUAAAUGCUAUCAGCGAGGUGUCUGUCCUGUCCCCUGAGCAGUUGACUGAUUUCCUACAUUUUCAUCAUUCUCUGGGGAAGAUUGUUUAUUUCGAUACGCCCCAACUGAGAGAUAAUGUAAUGAUCAACCCCCUUCUUAUGGUGGAAGUUAUGAGAUCUUUUAUCACAGAUGUUGCAUUUUGGCCCAAAGAAAAUAAAACAAGGAAAACCUUCAAAAAAAUGUCUGAAAAGGGAAUGAUACAAAAAGUAGACCUCUACCAGAUUUGGGAACAAAAAGAAUUCCGUCAGAUUUUACCAUUUAAAGAGUACAUAUUUGAUAUGCUGAUACAUCUAGAUAUCGUAUCCGAACAACGGAGAUAUGAUACAAAAACAGGAAGUCGUCUACCAAUAGAAAACUUCUUUGUACCCUGUAUGCUUACACAAAGAAAUAAUACAGAUUACUUGACACAAGAAUGUACACCAGAGAGGACUGUAAGUUUGGCCUUUGUUUUCAAAGGAACCAUCAUACCUCCAGCCUUACCAAACCGUCUAAUAUGUGCAUGUCUGAGUAUGUGGACAUUAAAAGAAUACCAAGGACGGAAACUUAUGUUUUCUGGGUUUGUUGGGUUAUCAUUUGAUAAAGAGCAUGAUAUUGUUGUCUGUGUAGAAGGAAAUAAGAUCUUACUGUACCUUGUCCACAAGCGCUCCAAGGGCCUGAUACUACCUGAUAUAGCCACCAGUGUCCGGGAUUGUUUGUUUGUUACUUUGGAGAGAAUAUCUGAAUUUUAUCAGUCAACUAUCCAUUGUAAAGCCAACAACAAGUUACCAUUCCACACUGAGUAUUCCUGCUCAAAAUUAAACUGUUUUACUCCAGAAGAAAAUAUGGUUGUAGAUACAGAGGAAUGUCUUUGCGAACAUGGUGAAAACAUUAAACACAACUGGAGAGUUUGGAAUCAGAAACUGGAACAAAUGCAGUGUGAUCCUAGUUGUCCAGGUUUGAGUGAAUAUUCUUUAGAUCAAAUUCCAAGUAACCCCGAGUUGCUUCGUCUUUCCUGUAAUUGUGAGGAAGACUUGAUACAUGAAUUAGUACUUCGUCUUGGAAUGGAAGAGAUAGAUUGGAGAGAUAUUGGCAAGAAUUACACAGGAAAUACACAGAUGGUCAAGUUUUUGACACUAAUUCACUUGAAAGAGAAUUAUUCAAUAUGUUUUGGAGAUCUAGAUAACAGUUUGCAAGAAAUGAAAAUAACAACACACACAUUAUGCAUGGUCAGGAGAAGAAAACAAGUGAAAUCUAGAAUUCCAGACGAUAUAUUAGAUUGUAUCCCUACAGAUGAAAUUUUAGACAAGCUAGCACCACAGAUUGGAAAAAUGGUUUUUCAACUUGGAACAGAACUCGGAUUGUCCAUAGCGGAUUUAGAAAAUAUCGAGAAAUGUAGUCCCAAUUUGACAGCUCAAAAUAAGGAAGUUUUAUUUACUUGGAGAAAAGACAGAUCAGUAAAACCUACAAUACGGGUCAUUAAACAAGCUUUAGUUAAUAUAAGAAAGGGUGUACGUUGUUUAGAGGAGGUUGUGAAGAACAUAGAUGCAAAAACAUUAAGAGCUGUGGAAAUAGUUACAGAUAAAAUCAGAGAUAAUGCAGACAGAAUCAUACAGGACAUACAAAUCAGUCAAAUUUUAGACCAUAUGAUGACACAUCUGGUGAUAUCAGCAGACGACAGACUUGAUAUUGAACAUUAUCCUCGACAUGAUGAUCAGAACAAAGCAUUGCUGGAUAUUGUGAUUAAAAGGAGAGAGCCUGCUUACAGUGUGUUUGUUGAUGGAUUACGUAAUUAUGGAUACGAAGAUAUCGCUAAUGAUUUAAAAUGUGAUUUCAGUCCAAGUCCAACAUUAGUAUCUGCUGAAAAUGAAGGCUUUUCAGCUUGGAAUGUUCCAUUGUAUAAAGUUCGUCUACAAAAGAAUUACGUUAAGGUUAUCACUGAUAUACAACAUGAAAGCAUAGUAGAUCAUCUAAUAUCAAGAGAGGUAGUGUCAGUUGAUGAUGGGAAGAAGAUAGAAUCGGGUAAAACACCACAGGAAAAGAACAGGAUUUUGAUGGACAUGCUUUUGCGUAAAAAUGAACAGGCAUUUAAUGAAUUUCUCAAAGCCCUUCGAAAAGACUCAAUUUAUGCAUACCUAGCAGAGCAAAUAGAAAAGACAGAAGUUACUAGCACAGAUAUGGCAACCCUUCAUAAAUGCUUGAAAUAAUUAAAUGUAAUUUCUUUCAGAAAAAAAACAGCUAGGAAAACCAUCAUUUAACUAUCAAUAGAAGGAGGUAUUGUCAAUCCAAUGCAUCACGAUUUUGUCACUUAAAUGAUCCACUGUAAAUUCAGAAAUUAUUGCGUGCAUUUAUUAUUGUCUUUUUAUACGACCGCAAAAAUUGAAAAGUUUUUGGUCGUAUAUUGGUAUCACGUUGGCAUCGUAGUCCGUCGGCGUCCGAAGACUUUUGGUUUUCGCACUAUAACUUUAGUAUAAGUAAAUAGAAAUCUAUAAAAUUUAAACACAAGGUUUAUGACCAUAAAAGGAAGGUUGGGAUUGAUUUUGGAAGUUUUGGUCCCAACAUUUUAGGAAUUAGGGGCCAAAAAGGGGCCAAAUAAGCAUUUUCUUGGUUUUCGCACUAUAACUUUAGUUUAAGUAAAUAGAAAUCUAUAUAAUGUUGACACAAGGUUUAUGACCACAAAAGGAAG